AUGCUUCGUCAGAGUCGAAGCAAAGUCACUCCCUCGGCGACAGAGGAGGAUGCGUCUGCGCCACAUAGGGAGGGCAACGACGCCCAGGGUCCUCAUGAAAAAUCGUCUUUCGUCGCAGUGCCCUUUAGGGAAGGAGCCAAGCCGAAGGCAUCCCCCAGUCCGCGGAAAGCUCCGUCAGAAGCCAGCACAGAUGAGGGUGGCGGAUGCUGCGUCUGUGGAGUAGGCAAGAAGAGCGAGAAGCGGCGGCUGUGCGGCUGCACGAAGCGCGCCUUCUCGGACUUCAUGCAGCAGCGCAUGCAUGCCUGGCAGCCGGUCCUCUCGCCUCAGCGAAUCGUGGGAAUUCUGGGCAUUGGCGGACUCGUGCUCCUUGCGCUUGGCAUCCUCAUUCUUGUCACCUCCAAUAACAUUCUCGAGUGUAAAGUCGACUACACGGACGCAGCGGGCGUCAAGAAUUACAUCAAGGUCGACUCGCGAGACUGCACGGACACGAGUGUGACCGAGCUCACUGGAACUCUGUACUUUUUCUACGAACUGACGAACUUUUAUCAAAAUCACCGUCGCUACCUGAAGUCUCGCUCUGAUUCGCAGCUGCAGGGGAAAGUGUACACGGAGGCGAGCGAAGUCAAGACGGCAUGCGAUCCACGGUACCUCGCCGACGACGGGCGCGUACUCGACCCCUGCGGGCUGAACGCGCUUUCCGUCUUCACGGAUUCCUUCUCGCUGCACCGGAAGCGCGAGAACGAUGCAUACGACCUGAUACCGCUCGAUGAGAGCCGCGAAACCAUUUGCUGGCAUUUUGACCUGAACUCGAGAUUCAAAAACCCGAGUCCGGAAGAAAGGAAGCGCUACGAGAAGUCCGUCGACUUCUGGCUCUUCGAGCCGGAAAUGCGAAAGGCACUUCACAUGGAUAUACCAGGCGUCGGCGAGGGCGUGGAAAACAGUCACUUCAUCGUCUGGAUGAGGGAGGCGGCGCUACCGACCUUCAGGAAGGUCUACGGAAAAAUCGAAGAGACUCCGCUGAAGCUCCCCAUCUACGUGAACAUCGAGGGAGACACGUACGACGUGAGAUCCUUCGGAGGAAGGAAGUACGUCGUCAUCUCGCAGGCAUCCUGGCUGGGAGGAAGGAAUUCUUUUCUCGGUAUCGCGUACCUGGUGGUGGCCUGCGUGUGUCUGGUCGUUUGCCUUAUCCUCCUGUACGCGCAGAUGCGCAACCCGCGGCACAUGGGAGACAUUUUGUGGCUUCGGAAGGCGCUCUACGGCGAUGCAUGA